AUGCGGUCGUCAAAGGACUCGAACGCCGGAGUUGGGGGCGUGAGGCUGUACGGAUCCGAGGAGAUCAGGCGGAAUGGGGCCGCACCGUCGGAGGCAGGGCAGGGGGCCGGGGAGGACGGAUGGGAAUCGCAUGUGGAGGACUGGGAAGCGGGGGAAAGGGGCGCCAGGCAAUCAAAGGGGCUCUUCCUGUUUGUCACGGGGACGAUCAUCCUACUGGCUGCAGCUAUGUUCGCUGGUGCCCGCGUCUCCCGCGCACUGCGAGGUCAGGAGCAGCUCACCAUUUUCGGCUGGACAUGUCCAACGGCUGCAACUAUGAGAGAAAAAUUACUGUACAUUUCGCAAUCUCGCUUGACCAAGCAGGCAUCCAAGGGUACCAAUGGAAAUUCGAAUUCACUUUCAGAGGCAGUUGAAACUGCAACCACAGUGGGCGCUACAGGCAUGGACCUGGCAGAUUCGGCAGUGGAAGCAGAGACUGAGGAGGCCCACAGUGGCAUUGGAGGUUUGGACACUGCUGCAGCCGUGGGAAACAAAGGUCCAAGUGACGAUUGGUUGCUCUCAGAAGAAGAGACUGCAGGCUAUGGUGCUGGCCCAGCAGAUGUUGCUGAAGGUGACGCAUCGCCUUUAGACUGGAUACAACCAGCGGCUGACACGCCAGCAGAAGGACAAGAAGAGACUGUUGGACCCUCUGAAGGUGCACCUCAAACGGGAGAAGAUCAAUUGCUGUCUUCUGAGGAAGUCACAGGAUUAACUACCCAGUACACUAUGGAUUCGUUGAGGGAGCGUGCUCAACUUGCAUCGAGAGCUGCCACUGCUGCCAGUCUUGCUGCCCAACAAGCGGCGGCCUACUCUGCAACUGCUUCCUCUGCAUCGUCAGCUGCCAUUGCAGCUGCUGAGAGGGCAGCUGCUGCAGCAGGCUCAGCACAGAUCGCUCUGGAACGUGGUGCUGCAGAUGUCAUAUUGGAGGCAGAGGCGCGGGCAGUGAAGGCUGCUGAAGCAGCUGCAAAAGCUGAGAGUCGUGCUGCCGAUGCUGCAGCAAUGGCAGCUGGUUACGAAGAUUCUGCAGAAGCCCAGGCGGCAUUGGCGGCGGAGGCAGCUGAUUUGCGCCCAUUCGACGGGGAGAAUGCCAUGGAGCAGUGGCACCAAUGGUGGCUGUCAGUGUGGGCGCGAGUGGCCAACUUUUCCCACCGAGUGGGUGUCGUCCUGAUGGCGUGGCUCUCUGGGCUGUGGCUGGCCAUUCAACAAUUGUAUAUGUGGGCCAGAGCUGCCAUUCGGGGAGCCACGUCCAACUAG